AUGUCACGCGCUCUUCUUCUCAAUCCAAGUAAUGACGAGGUUUUUCUUCCUCUCAGAAGCAUUUAUAUUGGAGGCGAAAAGGCAGACGAGGCUCUUGACUACGCUCGGCAACCUAGAAGCGCAAGUGAUCCGGCCAAAAAACAGUUUUUUACUAUGUUUUUCCCCAAAGAAAGAGCCACUGCCGAGGAGAAAGCUAGGAAGUAUGCACUUGCGUACCUCAGUAAACAUCAAAUUCAGCUUCCUGCUAAAAAUGCUCCUUCAAGUGAUCCGAUUCUGAAACCGAAAAAUGUUCGUAAUCUUUGUCCUGCAUCCUUGUCUUCACUAUUCAAACGUUUUCCUUUGCUUAGUGACCAUUGCAAUGUUGUUGAGGCAGAAAAAGAAUGGAGAUCUCAUGUCAAUAUGCCCAUUGAUUACUUUGAAAUUGAUUCUAGUCAAUCUACUUUUGAAUUUUACAAUAUGGAUGUCGAAUUUUAUUGGAAUCGUGUAUUUGCUGCAAAACCUCCCAGUACGGAGCCACAAUUCCCCAACUUGAAAGUCUGUAUUUCUCUCCUACUUUCUUUGCCGUUUAGCAAUGCCUCUGCGGAGAGAUUUUUUAGUUCCAUGAAACUCACAAAAACUCCCGUACGCAACGCCUUACAUGACAAAUCUGUAAGUGCGUUGUUGAAGGCUAAUAAUUGGUUGAAAAAUGAAGGAACAACUGCUGGGAAAGUGGAAAUACCGGAUAAUCUAAUAAAUUUAGCCAAAAAGGUUAUAACCAAUGCAGCAAUCCAAGAUUCACAAUCGGAUUGA